GCGCCCAGACAUGCAGCCCCACCGAGCCCUCCUAUUGGUCGCCGGCCUUGUCCUGAUGACGCCUCCAGCGCAGGUCUCCGCUGACUACCGGCCAAAUCCCAGACCAGACCCGCUGACGGACUGCUGCGUGCAGGGCGUGCCCGUGUGCGCGCGCCUCAGCCGCGAGCUGGGAAUCCCCGACUUCGGCUGCGAGGUGCUGUGCAGGUCGCAGGGCUUCCCCGGCUCGCUGGGCUGCGAGUACUCUGGACCCACGCCCGCCUGCGGCUGCGCCAACCAGCCCGUGGUCGAGGCUCCAGACCCACAGACCAUCUGAAGCGAGAGCUGGAGCAAGAGCGACGCGCCGCUGCCCCCUCCUCAGUGACGUACGUGUCAGUAACGGUACUAAUGGUACUGCCUGACACAGUUCACACAACUCCGUCUGUGUUUGGUUACGACGAAACACACUGCACUCGUAUUAUUUAGCCAACAGUUCCACUUAUCCUCAGUUAGACGUAUCCAAAGACUUAGAGCCCACUCACCCUUCCUCCCAUAGACAAAAAUGUACUUCAAGUUCCAAAGAUCCA